UCCUCCUCUUCACCUGUCCUCGCCUCCCAGAGCCCGCUCCUGCCCCAUCCUGCAGCUCCCCGUCUGCUCCCCUCCAGUAACCCCAGCACUCCCAGGUCCCCACAGCCCCUGAUUUUUGGCCAGGCCACCUUGAGGGGUACGUUUGGUUCGAGGACCUUAUUUUCAAGCCCAAGUGCUUUUGCAGAGCCCAGCUUAUCGUGAUGUCUUCACCGGCCAUGUGAAAGCGCAGUUAAGCCUCAUCACCCCUCUGCACCGCUGAGACUCCGAAGCACAUUCGGUCCGGGGUCUUGUGGAGUGAUAUCCCCCGCCCCCCCAGGUGACCGUAUCCAGGGAAAGCAGCCAAAAUGAUGAGAGAAGCUGAAAACUUGACCUGACAAAGCCAGCCCGCAAGAACCAAGUUUGUUUAACGGAAAGAAAGCAAGUCUAGCCAUGACCACGCUUUAAAGACGCAGCAAGGCGGCUGCACAGCAGAAGGGGGCAAAUUCUUCCCGCGCCCUCAAGGGUGAGAAGAAGCCAUAGCAGCCUCUUCCCCAGCCCCUUUCGGGGCGGUUUCCCAGCGGCGGCGUGCGGCUCGGCCCCGGCCGGGCGGCGGCGGCGGGCGGAUGGCGGCGGAGCCGGGAGCGGGGCUGCGCAUCUUCCGCGAUAUAUUAAGAAGAGCAGACAAAAAUGAUGAUGGAAAACUGUCCUUUGAUGAAUUUAAGGCUUACUUUGCUGACGGAGUUCUGAGUGGAGAAGAACUGCAUGAACUUUUUCACACCAUUGAUACACACAAUACUGACAAUCUUGACACAGAAGAGCUCGGGGAAUAUUUUUCCCAGCACUUAGGAGAGUAUGAAAAUGUUCUAUCUGUCUUGGAAGAGUUAAACAUAGCCAUACUGAAGGCAAUGGACAAAACAAAGAAAGACUAUCAGGAAGCUUCUAAUUUGGAGCAGUUUGUGACCCGCUUUCUUUUGAAGGAAACACUGAACCAGCUUCAGUCCCUCCAGAGCUCUCUGGAGUGUGCCAUGGAAACCACGGAGGAGCAGACUCGGCAGGAAAGACAAGAUCCAACAAAACCAGAAGUGCUCUCAAUUCAAUGGCCAGGAAAACGGUCAGCUCGAAGGCUUCAGAGGAACAACAGCCUGUCACCAAAUAGCCCUCAUUUUAGCACAGGUUGGCUUGAGGAAGACAGCCAGUGGAUGACCCAGAUAAACAGACUCCAAAAGCUGAUUGACAGGCUGGAAAAGAAGGACCUAAAGCUUGAGCCAUUUGAAGAGGAAGUUCUGGAAGAAAACACAAAAUCUCACAUAAUGAUUGUUCAGCGUCAAAUGUCUGUGAUAGAAGAAGAAAUUGAGGAAUUCCGGCUUGCUCUGAAGCAGUACGUGGAAUCUGCUUCUGCUCAGGGUGGCUGCUUGCAUGUUUCCAUACAGAAGCUUCCGAGUGAUUCCCGCUUCAUAGUUUAUGAGUUCUGGGAGAACAACAAUGCCUGGAAUAGCCACCUUCAAAUGAAUUACUGCAAGACAUUCCAAAGAAGUAACGUGGACUUCUUGGAAACUCCAGAGCUCACCACAACAAUGCUAGUCCCUGCAUCGUGGUGGGUCCUCAAUAACAACUAGAAGCUGUGGUUCCGAGUACUGUUAAUGUUGCAUUGCUUUUCAUUACAAUAAUGCUCACACAGUGUAUCGAUGUGCUGGAUUAUGAAUUUAUGAUGUGAUGCUGUUUGUUAUUACAGACGUGAUCUUUUCCAUUUUAAAAUAUGGAAAACUGCACAUUUAUUACCUUCUCUUCUUGUGACUAGUUCAGUGAAAUGAUGCAUUCUGAAAGCUGAAAUAAGACAACUAUGCUAAGCUGUUUAUGUGUAUAUUCGGUCCAAACUGUCACAGAAAAGUGCAUCUUGAUUGGUAUGACUAGGUAUUUGUGAAAAGUUUUAGUCUUACGUUAAUAAGCAACUGUUAGUUCAUGCUGCUGUUUUCUCCCUUUACAGAAGAAACAGGGAGGAACAUGAACACACAUUUUCAUAGAUGUCUCAUGCUUCAGAGAAGUUGUAAGUCAUUAAUUAGGAGAAUAAACACAGGGACGACUUCUUGUGUUAGUACAGAACUUUGCUCAUACAGGAAACUGCCCACGACAAGACAAGGCAGUACCAUUUUCUCUUCACAGCCUCCAGCCCCUGUCCUCACAAGAGGAAAUAUGUCUGCCAAGCCACUUUGGAUACACAGACUUAACAUUUCACAACCGAUUUGCUUUGAACCCUGUGUCCUGAACAGUCGGCAAACAUUCAUUAGGUCACUGGCAGCUCACUGAAAAGUCAUUAGAGAAACCACUGUUAGAGCAUAAAUAGCCAUAAACCUGGAAGCAGAAAUACCUUCUUCCCUAAGAAAUCGUGCUGUUGUCCCUUGCAUCUGAGCAGGUAUGUCCUCCAGCCUAAGAAUGAAAGGCAAGUGACUGUUGUGACCUCACACCUCCAUGCCAGGCUGACAAGCUCUACACGCUGAAUGACCACUCUCUCCACUCAUUGAGCAGUCCAAAGUUACAAACAGUACCCAAAAAGUAACUUAAAAGUCAUAUUAAAUAAAAUAGCUUCUUAACUGUAGGAUUUAUCUAACUUUUUUCAACUCAGCCAACACAUUACCAUAUGUAAUUAAAAAGUGGGGAAUUUAGACUACACAUGAGCAAUCUUCCUUGCAAUAAGGUUCCAUAUUCCAGAAGCUAUGCCCAGGAUUGAGCUCAAGACUAAGAAAGGUGUCACAUUCAGGUACCUGCAUGUGACCAAAGCAUCGCAGCUCCUAUUGUUAUCAAUGGAGUUCUGAGGCAAAAUUAGCUGCCUAAAAAAGAGCAUCUGGUACAUGUGAGCUGCCCGAGGGUAUCCCAACUGGUCCAGCUCCCAGCUGAGAAAGACACGAGUUACCUAUAGGUUGUGCAUCAUUUGUGCCAGCCCCAUGCAGCUGCUUCAGAUACCCGACAUGUCUCAGAUGACACCAGAUGCCCACCGUUAACCAAAUCAAACCCUUUGGCCAAUAACAUCAAUGGAGCUUAGGUUCUCUAAGCAGAUGUGGAUGUCAAAGUGAUGCCUACACACCUAAAUUUAGGCACCCAUGUUAGAGACAAAUUUCACCUUAUAGUAACUCAGCAAAAGUGAAUACUUUUAAUACUGAAGUCCAAAGCUUUCCAGUAUUGCCACAACCCAGCUACAGAUCUGUUCAUUCUUAGAAAGGCACCCAAAUAGCCAUAUUACACUCUCACCUGGCAGAUCAGUGAAAGUUUGAAGGUUUAUUGUCUUUAGCAAAGUAAAAGUAAAACUGAUAUUCCUGAAGAAUCUGGCUGGCUUUUUCCCUGUGCCGAGACAUCAGUCUAGUGUACAGCAUGUUUUCUUUUGUCACUACUGUUCUACUGACAAAGGAAAUACAGUGACAUGUGACACUGCUGCAGGGUAAAUUCUUAAGUGAAAACUGACACACUACACUGAUGUUUACGACAUUUUUCCUUUUCACUAGAUAAACUAUAUUAAAAUCAUUCUCAAAAUAACCUGCUUUAGAAGUUCAAGUCAAUUAGGUGCUGGAGGGGAGGAAAGCUCUAGCAGGUCAUUCUCCCUAGUAUACUUAUUAGCAAACAAACACUUUGAUGAAUCAUACACACGAACAAGUUUGAGAAGUGUCACUGAAGUUUUGAGAGCUAUACACAGAAAUUGCCUUCAACACAUACCAGGGGAAAAGAUCAAUAGGACUUACUCUGAAAAGAGCUCCCUGUGAUUAUAAAACAAACAAAGAUUUCAGUUCUUUGUAAAAUUACUUGUAAACAACAUACAAAUAGAAUACACUUGGAAGUUUAUUUUAACUGACUGACUGCUGCUAAACAUAAAAGAAACUCAAUUCAAGCAAGUUUAUUUCAGUUGUUCAGGGAAAGAAAGGUAGUAUCUAUCAAAUGCAACUUCAAAGUUUUCUGCGCUAUUGCGAUUACCAUUCAACACGUUCUCAUUUAGCUUCCACUGUCAUUUGUAACAUAGGUUAAAAAAUUGCCUUCAGUGCCCAAAUGAUGUUCCUGCAGGUCUGAAUACAGGUUUUGAAGAUAAUUAUAUUCAUACAAAAUUACUAUUAUUGAUGCUUGUCCACUGAAGGAUACUGUCAAGAAGUACUCAAACUACUGCUUUCCACUUCACUAUUAAAUACUAUUCUAAUUUAAGAAAAAAAAGUUGUAGAAUUAACUAUGUAUUGGCAUACCUAUUUACCCAUAUAAGACGUGAUAAAUAUCUGUCUUGUUCCUCAAUUUUGCCCAUUACUUCCACAAUUCAAAGUAAAAAAUGCUGGACAAUUAUUUAAAAAGAACUUCAAGGAAUGCAACACAGACAGUUCUCGUGUUCUGAUCCAUGAUGGAGAAAUCAUCUCUCUUUUAGUGGAACUGUUGGUAACUUUGUACCUUGAAACUGUUAAGACUUUGUACCUUGAAAGACGGUAUGAAUCCACAGAAUAUUAAGGAAUCUUUUGUGUCAAUAUGGAGAUUUCAAAUGAAGAAAGCAAGCAAAUGAGGUUGGGGGGGGUGGGGAAGCUAGAGGAGUACAUGCUCUAAGACAUCGGAGAUUUGACACAGCCAGUAUUUGUUGUUACAUUAUUACUGCUAAGGAAAGGAGGUGGGAGCAAGCAAAAAGCCCCAGUCAAGUAUUGGUUUAGAAUUUAUGGUCAGACAAACUAUAUGGCUACAUAAUACAGAUGAUUCAGGACAAAAUUCUGUCAUGGCAAAAUGUAAAAUUAUUUAUUUUCACUGCAAUGGUAUUACAAUCUCUGGCAUUACAAAUUAAACGUUUGACUUCUAAAGCAUUUGGGCAAUUACAGGAAGAAACGGGCAUUUCCGUAACUUUCUCAGGGUCCUACUGUCAUCUGUAGGCACCCAAGUACCUUCAAAAAUCUUGAAGAUCGACAUCAUACGGAGCUCCUUCAUUGAUGGAUUUCUCAUCUUCCAAACAACCUGUCACUUCUUGCAUAUGUCAACAAAAGGGUUGCUCUUUUCCUGUAAGACAAACCCACCCUCAAAUUACUUCAGUUAUAACAGGUCAUUUAAAUCAAGUUUUCAUGGGUCUGCUUAUAGCCCUUUUCUACUCCAUGUACAUUUAACAAUUUGAUUUUUUUUUUUAAUUAAUGCAAACAGUUCUACUUUCAUUAAUCACAGAUACUUAAUCUGAAAUCUUCCUGGCAGACUUUGUCAGCACAGAAACAUCAGUUCAGUUCAAAUGCUGAGCUAUGUAUAGGUAGGGCUGAUCCCCACAUCUCAGAAAACCUCAAUGUCUUUUAGGACAAAUGCAAUCCACGGCCCACUAACUGUACCAACAGCACCUCCCUUGUCCAGGUUACUUCAGGAAGCCUUCUCCAUCUGAAAAUACAACUUUCACUCAUAGAUGGGCACAUACUUUGGGAGUGACUUCAAAAAUUUAGAACUAGAGAAGUCUUAAGAUAGUCAAGAACCGCCUGAAUAUUGAAUUCAGCAGCAAACUGUUGACAACAACUUGCUCACUGACAUGUUGUAGGACUGUCUGUUCCUCAUUAGAAAUUUAUUUGGAGGCCUCCUUCUGCCCCUUUUAAGCAUAAUUCAUUUAAUUCACACAUGCAUCUCAUCAGUCCCUCUGGUUUCUGUGAAGAAAAAUGAGUGACACGGGAUCAGUCAACACACUGGAAUUUUCCCAUGUAACUACAGAAUCGGCUGCAUGAAGGCAACUCAAGUGCAGAGGAAAGAGGAUGGAUAAUGGAGCAACUGAACACCGCUUACUGUAAAUUAAGUAAGUUAAGCGGGUUUGCACACUCCACUGUCAACAAGACCUGAAUAAUGAUAUUGUCAGGAUACAAACUCUCUACUCUCUUUUCUGGUACUGCCCUACCAAAAAAGUACCAUCUUUAGAUGACUUGUUAUCAGGAUGCUACAAGAAAAACUGCACAGAAACCCACCUCAGCACUUACCUUAGAGAUCUCAGGAAUAGCAACAUCAGAUAAUUACUAUCAUUUCAACUCUGCUACAGGAUGUCCUUAAAAUCAGACUGUAUCUCUCCCCGCUCCCUUCGAGAAACAACAAACUCUAUGAGGGAGACACUUGAUUUAACUAAUGGGAACAUCCAAUAAGAUCUGAUGAAAGAGACCCAGCUCUCACAGCCUCCCCAAACUAAUUGUUUUUUCCCUGUGAGGGCAACCAAGCACUGCCAACAGGUUGUGCAGUCUCUCCUCAGAGAGGUUGUAACGUCUCUGCCCAUGGAAAUACUCAAAACCUGACUGGACGUGAUCCUGGGCAAUCUGCUCUAGCUGACUGUGCUUGAGUAGAGGGGUUGGACGAGAUGACCUCAAGAGGUCCCUUCCAAACUAAAUGAUUCUGGGGAAGUCAUUAAAAGCUACCAAAAACAUGCUUCAGCAACCUCAGAACAAGACUGAGAUUAUAAUGCUAUCUCAUCACUAAAUAGGUAAGAAAGAAACAGCACCUGGAAAACACCAUUUGUAUCAAAACUAAAACUGUGUGUACUUGUCCUAUAGGCCUUCUACUAUUAAUCAACCUGUUCUCUACUUCCAUGCGGGAUGCUCAAACUCAGACAUCCAGUCUCAAUAAGCAAGGUGAAGGCAAUUUAAUAUGACAGAUGUCACCGGACUGCACCAGGAGGAGCAUGAAAUCACUGCCUUUUAUGGAUAAGUUAGCUCUGAAUUUAUCUUUGCUUUUUCCCUGGAUUCCGGGUGCCUUCUUAGAUUACAUGGUCAAGAAUUAUGAAUUGCUUUUCCUCCAAUCUACAUAUUAUAAGAAGUAUUAAGAAAAACCCUUUUAUGGGAUAUUGGGCUCAGACUGUUCUUAUUUGAGAUAAACCCUCUCCUGGAGAGAAAAAUUGUUUAUUCAGUGUCACUGUUUUAAGAGGAGCAAUACAACAAGCUCCGCAUUCUGAACAGACAGAGGCCUCUCCUAUUUCCAUGUUGACUAAUCGGUCCUGUAUUUCAAAGUCUGACUAGUAGUGUUUUCUAAGAUAUGCAUCCAACUCAGAAGAGGAAAUAAUGCGGGUCUUUGUCCCAUAAAAUGUGUGUAGUUGCUGGGGUUUUUUCUUCUGGUUUUGAAAUGUGUUUUAUCCCUCCUCAUUCCUGAAAUUGGACACGUAUCUUUCCACACUAACAUAGAAGACCUGAAAGUAAGAUCCCUUAGUUGACAGGCCAAGUCAAGUCUAAGGCAUUCCUAGGCAAGAUUCAGCUUCUGUUCACAGAUUCUUAUAUUUGGAUUCCCACAGAGAAAAACUUAACGCCUGCAAGUGCUUCAAUCUUUUUAUAGAAAGUGAUUAGCUGGGUAGGGUUCAGGUUCAUCUACUUUAACUGAGAUCUUACGACGUUCUUGGAAACAAUGGUAAUUUUUCCCUCCUCCUUGCCAAUAAUGAAACCGCUAAGUGAAAAGCAAGCUGGUAGAUCCAUGCAGACAUGCAAAAUACGUCCACAUCCAAAGAACUUUUAUGUUGAAUUCAUGUUAAUAAGCCACCAAACAAACUCCCAAAUUACUAAGAAUUCAAUGCCUACACUAAAACUCAACACUAGAAUACAACAGUGGAUAGUUUUAUCCUAUAUUAACAGCAAGACAUUUAUUCUAGUCAGUUUAGCAAAGAAAAAAAAAUACAGACUAUCACUGAUCAAGUUUCAUACUUGCAAUGUGGAACUAACUUCCAAAGUAUGACUGGCAAGCUAAUAAUAUCACCUUUAUAUACUAAUGAGACCAAUAUACUUGCAAUACCCUUUUCAAGGCUGUCUCCAAGAUGACAUAGCAAAUUUACCAGCUUUUACUUUUUUUUUCAUGAAAACAGGAUUUUCUUCCUUUAGCUUCCUACUCAACCAUCCAUACUUUGUGCUUAAGACACCAAUAAUGAUAGCUAAGUGGUACGCAUUAUGUUAUUCUAACACAACCACCUGACUAAUAAGGGUUUGUAAUUUACCCGUCCCCUUUUGCAGCUAAAUAAAACGGAAAACUUACCGCUUUUUUUAUCUCUGUGAUAAACUAGCAUAUGCAAGUGGGGGCUUACAUAUAUAUGACUAACACAAAGCAGAGGAAAGAUUUAAGAGCAGGCCUCAUGAACAGUGAGAUACUCUUUUUAGAAAGACAAGACUAUAUAUAACUGGAUACACUUAUGGCAUCAUCCUACUGACAUAGAUCCUCCAGCCCAAAAACAAUCUACUAAAACACACAAACCCAUCUUGGCUUGCACCAGUUUUUACUACCCUUAUUUCCCUCUACCCAAAUUAUUUGUGAUUUAGCCAUGCCAUGAGAAAUUUUAGAGUUCAUUUGUCCACUUAUUACAUUUCUGCAGGGGUCCUCUUCUACCUAUGACCAUAACCAUGUGGAAGUGUAUACAUUACCAAAAUAUGCUCCCUUUAGAAACUCAAGCGACAGGGGGAGGGGGGGGGGAAAUGUUAGGAAAUUCAAGAGUUGAAACUUCCCUACCUGCAGGCAGCUUUUCAAACAAGUAAAGCUUUCUUCUUGAGGACAAAUGUAACAAAGAUAUAAAAAGUAAGACCAGGAAAGGCCAAUUACUGUCAUAUAUUAUUUAACUUUGUUUUUCUAAAAACUAUAGAUUUUAAAAGUUUAAAACUGCCUCAGAUUGUGACUAACAGAGUAGUCAUUGGGACAUACUUCUCCAGGAUAAGAAUCCUAUUUCUAGAAGUACUACAUCCCGAUGGCCUUAGAAGCAGCCUCAUAUAUAGCCUGAUUUGAUAUUAUGUUUAUACCCAAGAACAUUUUCCCACACUUGGUGCGCAGAAUGCAAACUAUUAGAUUUUUUUCUGUUAGCAUACGAAGUAUUUGAGGAUUAUUUCACCUCAAACAUUAAGGUGGCGCUCCUGGAUAUCCCUCAGAUUCAUCAUUCAUAUCUUUUUAUUUCUCCCCAACAACACAGACCAGAGAUAAUGAUAACACAAACUGCAUUAAGCUCAUUAAUAAUUUUGUAGUGGACACUGAUGCAUGAACAACUUAAACACUACAAUCAGAGUCUCACCAAGCCAGAAAUUCAUCAAGACUGUUCUUUUAUAUUUUGAAAAGACAGAGCUUUGGAAUUCUAUGUGAAUUCUGUCUACGUACUGUGAUUUCAUAGUAGAAAGCUUUAAUAUGAUUUCAUACUGACUUUAAAUUUGGAAACAUACUUGAUCUUUUACCUGAAAACAUAGAAAAAACCCUUUUCCUUUGUACAGUACUGGCCAUGGUAAGAUGCCAAAUACUGGCUGGGGAAGUCGUACAUAAAGGUAACAGAACCGAACUGCACUAUCUGUCUUUUGAAGGUUUUAUCUAUUUGACAGGCUAGUCUGAAGAAAAGCGUUUCCUAUCAAAUAAGUUGUCAAAACCUCCAUGACUGUUUUUAUAACUUCACUUAAUAUGAAAAAUGCACUUACGGGCUUAUCAAGCACAACUGGAUGAUCAGGAAGAAACUCUGGCUUCUUCUGAGAGAGAGAAACACUUGAAAGUUUCAGAAGGAAAUCUCUGCUGUAUUUGAUCCUUUCUGUGAACAUACAAAAUUACUAAGUUCAACAUUGUUUUAGGCAUUAAGGUUGGGAAUUCAGAGAACUGAUUUGGUUUCUUAAAGGAGGGUGGAAAUGCUGCAUGUGGAAUAUAAAAAUCAGUAUUAAAACCAGCAGUAAUUUAAUUCUGGCCUUGCAUCAGGACAAUGUGUAGUAAAUUACAGAGCAUUUCAGUUUAGCUCUAUGUACUGGUGUUGGCUGGGAUAGAGUUAGUUUUCUUUAUAGUAGCCAGUAUGGGGCUGUGUUUUGGAUAUAUGCUAAAAACAGUGUUGAUAAUACAGGGAUGUUUUUGCUACUGCUGAGCACCCCACCCCACCAGCGAGUAGGCUGGGUGCACAAGUCAUUGGGAGGGGACACAGCUGGGACAGCUGACCCCAGCUGACCAAAGGGAUACCCCACACCAUAUGAUGUCAUGCUCCGCAUAUAAAGCUGGGGGAAGAAGAAGGAAGGGGGGGACGUUUGGAAUGAUGGCAUUUGUCUUUCUGAGUAACCGUUAGACAUGAUAGAGCCCUGCUUUCCUGGAGAUGGCUGAACACCUGCUUGCCCAUGGGACAGUAAAUGAAUUCUUUGUUUUGCUUUGCUUGUGUGAGUGGCUUUUGCCUAUUAAACUGUCUUUAUCUCA